CAAGUAAUAACCCUUUUCCGGGACUAUAAAUUUGGUUCACUCCCCAUUCUCCUUCUUCCCUCCGAUCUUCGCUUCUCUCUCCGUCGCGGCGCCCACCUGCAGCAAAAUGGCGUUCGACAAGAUCAAGGUCGCCAACCCCGUUGUCGAAAUGGACGGGGAUGAAAUGACUCGAGUCUUUUGGAAAUCAAUCAAAGAGAAGCUUAUUUUUCCUUUCUUGGACUUGGAUAUAAAGUACUUCGACUUAGGCCUACCUAAUCGUGAUGCAACUGAUGAUAAAGUUACAGUAGAAAGCGCAGAAGCUACUCUCAAAUAUAACGUAGCAAUCAAAUGCGCAACAAUUACUCCUGAUGAAGCUCGGGUCAAGGAGUUUAACCUGAAAUCCAUGUGGAAGAGCCCAAAUGGGACAAUCAGAAACAUCCUAAAUGGUACGGUGUUUAGAGAGCCAAUUAUCUGUAAAAACAUUCCACGACUGAUUCCAGGAUGGACAAAGCCCAUAUGCAUCGGAAGGCAUGCAUUUGGUGAUCAGUACCGAGCAACUGAUACAGUCAUCAAAGGGCCUGGCAAGCUCAAAUUAGUAUUUGAGGGAAAAGAAGAGGAGGUUGAACUACAGGUAUUCAACUUUACUGGUGCUGGAGGAGUUGCCUUAUCCAUGUAUAAUACAGAUGAGUCAAUUCGUGCCUUUGCUGAAGCUUCAAUGGCUACUGCUUACCAGAAGAAGUGGCCACUUUAUCUUAGUACCAAAAAUACUAUUUUGAAAAAAUACGAUGGAAGGUUUAAGGACAUUUUCCAGGAGGUGUAUGAAGCUGAAUGGAAAUCCAAAUUCGAGGCUGCAGGAAUCUGGUAUGAACAUCGCCUCAUUGAUGACAUGGUUGCGUAUGCACUUAAGAGUGAAGGUGGUUAUGUAUGGGCUUGCAAGAAUUAUGAUGGAGACGUACAGAGUGAUUUCUUAGCUCAAGGUUUUGGAUCUCUUGGUCUGAUGACAUCUGUUCUGGUGUGCCCUGAUGGAAAAACUAUUGAAGCUGAAGCUGCACAUGGCACAGUAACCCGUCAUUACAGGGUUCACCAAAAGGGAGGUGAAACCAGUACAAAUAGCAUUGCUUCAAUCUUUGCUUGGUCACGUGGGCUUGCGCACAGAGCAAAGCUAGAUGAAAAUGCUCAACUACUUGAUUUUACUGCAAAACUGGAAGCUGCUUGUGUUGGAGCUGUGGAGUCUGGAAGGAUGACCAAAGAUCUUGCUAUCCUCAUUCAUGGAUCCAAGGUGACUAGGGACCAGUGGCUGAACACCGAGGAGUUCAUUGAUGCGGUGGCAGAGGAGCUGAGAGCAAGACUCAAAUGAAACUUGUCUGGGUAGGGCCAACAUGCAGAAAAUGAUUCUUCCAUUGUGUGAUGGAGAGGUUUUGAUAUUAAAUAAGGGAAACAUUGGUCAGUCCCCAUUGUUUCAUGGAACCGAAUUGUUAAUUUUUGGAGAGAAUUUUCUGUGCCUUGAAUGCAAAAUUUAAUGUUUCACUGCAACUUUAGAAAUUAUUUAACAGCACUCGCUCAUCCAAUUAGUUAUUGUAACUCCAUAAUUUAAUUGAUCUUGUACUUCUUCCA